AUGUCAACAUCUAACAUUGCAGCAAGAGUUGAAACUUGGCUUUCAUCCACAUGGCAUGUUAAAGUUCCUUUGACAUGGCUGGAAGCAUGUAUUAGUUGGAUCCAGGAAGAAAACGGUAGUAGUACCUUAAGUCAGGCUCAGAUUAACAGACAGGUAUUUGAGCAAUGGCUUCUUACAGAUCUGAGAGAUUUGGAAUAUCCUGUUUUGCCUGAUUGCAUCUUAGAUGCUCCCAAAGGAGAGUUGUCAGGCUUCUACUCCAUCCAGAUUGAUUCACUGGUUGAUGUUAGCCAGCCAGCAUAUUCCCAGUUGCAGAAGCUAAGAGGUAAAAAUACUGUAAAUGAAGAAGUAACAGCCAGUACUCAGGCAUUCCAGAAGCCCUGGGAAGGAAAGCCUACUCGAAUGCUGAUGCUGCAACUAACUGAUGGGAUACAUCAAAUUCAGGGCAUGGAGUAUCAACCAGUACCUGUCCUCCACAGUAAACUUCCUCCUGGAACAAAAAUCACUGUACAGGGUAAUAUUGUGUAUCGUCUUGGAGUUGUCCUGCUAAAACCAGAAAAUGUGAAAGUGUUGGGGGGUGAAGUGGAUGCUUUUCUGGAGGAGUAUUCUCAGGAAAGAGUCCUUGCUAGAUUAAUUGGAGAAACUGAAAACCCCAAUUCUGUUGGACAAGCUGGUCACACCCAAAUUGUUUCAAGGGCUGUGGAUGAAUUAGAACAAACGUUAGGCCCUUCGGAUGAAGAACUUUUAGCCAGUCUUGAUGAAAAUAAUGAAUUUACUUUAAACAAUGAAAUACAUUUAGAAAGCGGAUACUGCAGUAGAAGCAACCAUUUUAGUACAGCCUCAGGCUCACUGACUGCACACAAUGGAAAUGUUUUGCUACAAGAACGUAUAAGUCCUCUGCCUCAUUCAGUUGAACAAGUUUCACCUCCAACAGAGAAUGUUGAUGGCUUUUCAAAUGACUUUCCUUUAGAAGAUGGCUUGCCUCUGGAAGAAGAGAUACAAAGAGAGCUGGAAGAAGUGCCACCAGUGGUCAUUAACAGAAACUUAAGUUUAAUUACUGAGAGACUUCCGCAUACAUCUAGCAACCCUUGCUAUUCAUCUUUAAAUGGCACUUGUGAAAAAGAUAAUGUGAAUGAAAGAGAUAAGCCUAGAGGAGCUACAGGUAGGCAAAAGACUUUUGAAAGAGCAGUAUUUGACAGAGAUGGAAAUAGUGUGAAUAGCUUUUCACAGCACAAGAGUGUACGUCAGACUUGCAGCUCUGCAGAUUUUUCUUUGAAAAAUCCUCCUGAAGAAAGACAGAAUGAUACAGAACUAGAUACGAGCAGUUGUGAAUCCCAGCACACUUCUAACAGCAGGCUGUUUAAUGAUGAUCCUGUAUUUUUCUCAAAAACUGAUCCAGAAGCAGAUCAGCAGAAGCAUGAUUCACAAACCUUUCCUUGCAGAGCAGUACAGGCACAUUUAGAUUUAGAUUCUCCACCUUUCACAUACAUUUCCCUUCUGCUUGCAAAAAGACCAGAAACUGUUACAAUUCUGAAAGUUAAGUGUUUUAUUGUUACUCUUACUGGAAACCUCACCAGCAGCAAUGGGUCCUGGGGUAUAAAGGCAAAAAUUUCUGAUGGCUCAGCUUAUCUUGAAGUAGAUUUUGCUGAUGAUAUUUUAACAAGUUUGAUUGGUUUUUCAGUGCCUGAAAUGAAUAGGCUGAAAAAGGAUCCAGCUCUACUUCUGAAGCUUAGGAAUGGUUUAGAGAAAUGUCAAAAACAACUGAUAGAUCUCUGUUGUUUGAUGAUGAUAGAAUUUAAUCCACUUCAGUCUAAAGCCACUGUAUUAAUUCUCCAGGAUGCUGAUGCAAGGCAUCUAGAGCAGUUAAAGAAACGUUUGAAUAAGUAA